AUGGGCUCAAUUGAAGCCACAAACGAUGAAGAGAAGCAGCCCUCAGUCUUGAGGACCGGGGAAAUUGGAUAUAACAAGUGGACAAGGUAUGUUUGCAAAGGAGUGGUGGCGUUAGUGGCAGUUUGCUGGCUAGUGAUAACACUUGGGCUCAUUCCUUCGUCCGGAACGAAGUUGCUGAGCAAAGGUGGCAAGUCAGUUCCCUUGGGAGUUACCACACCGUUAGAAUAUUCUUACUUGCAGGCUCUUGAGGAGAAUCUGGCCGGCAAUUGGUCGAAAAAAUACACUUCAGUUCCUCAUUUGGCAGGGCAAGGCAAAGAACUGGUCGAUUGGACCUCAGAAAAGUUUCAAGAAUAUGGUUUAGUGACCGAGGUUGAAGCGUUUGAUAUCUACUUGAAUUAUCCAGUUGAAAAUGGCCUAAGGCUAUUGGAACAGACCAAAAACGGAAGUUCGGUAGUUUAUACAGCUUCACUGACGGAAGAAGUGCUGGAAGACGACCCUACCACAGGCGGCGACGACUUGAUUCCGGCCUUUCACGGCUACAGUGCAUCUGGUAAUGUCACCGCACAGUAUGUAUACGUGAAUCGCGGUACUAAGGAGGAUUUCGAGCUUUUGAAGAGCCACAAUGUUGAUUUAACAGGAAAGGUCGCGAUUGCUAGAUACGGGAAGAUCUUUAGAGGUCUGAAAGUCAAGUUUGCUCAAGAAGCCGGUUGUGUCGGUGUUCUGAUAUACUCGGACCCAGGGGACGAUCAUUUUCAGGAAGCCAAAGGCGACAAGGCGUACCCUCAGGGACCGGCGAGAAAUCCUUCAUCUUUGCAAAGAGGUUCUGUCCAAUUUUUAAGUUCGAUGCCAGGGGACCCCACAACGCCGGGUUAUCCAUCGCAAGGCGAUGUUGAACGUGCCGAUCCUCACGAUAGAAUACCCCUAAUCCCUAGUUUACCCAUCUCUUUCAAAGAAGUGCAACCUAUUCUUAAGAAAUUGAAUGGCUUCGGUCUUAACGCAUCGAAGAUUGGUGGUGACAAUUGGGUAGGUGGCCUACCAAGGUUCGAAUAUUGGACCGGUCCGGCUCCACACUUUUCGGUGAAUGUGUACAAUAACCAGUCCUAUGAUAUCCGCCCCAUCUACAAUGUUUAUGGGAACAUCACAGGCACGGACAGUAGCGAAGGCUACAUUGUUGUCGGAAACCAUCGUGACGCGUGGAUCAAGGGCGGGGCUUCCGAUCCUAACAGUGGUUCUGCCGCUUUACUGGAAAUAAUUCGUGGAUUCCACCAUUUGCAACUGCUUGGAUGGAAGCCUCGCAAGACUAUCGUCUUUGCAUCCUGGGAUGGGGAGGAGUAUGCUUUAUUAGGCUCUACAGAAUUCGGCGAGAAAUACAAGAGCGAUUUACAGGCAAAUUGUUUGGCUUACUUGAACGUUGACGUCGCAGCGUCUGGGAAGACUUUAAACAUAGAGGCCUCACCGUUCCUGAACCGAGUUUUAACAGAAUCUUUGCACCUGGUUGAUUAUCCUUUUGGUGGUAGUUUAUACGAUCAUUACUUUGACAAGAGAGCCAAAUUUGGCAUAUUGGGCAGCGGCUCGGAUUACACAGUUUUCCAAGAGCAUUUGGGCAUCCCUUCUGUGGACAUGGGCUUCAGUUCGGGCCCAGAAGACCCAGUAUAUCACUAUCAUUCCAAUUAUGACUCUCACCACUGGAUGGCCACAAGAGGAGACCCAGGUUUCAAACUGCACAACGCUCUGGCCAAAUAUCUCGGUUUGGUAGCUCUGAAACUCACGGAACGCAAAGUCAUAUCAACUUCCCUCGUUGCCUACGCUGACGAACUAGAACUAUACUUCAAGGAUUUGGCGGCCAAGGUACCUGAAGAUUGGCUGAGUAUCCCGGUGGGCGGCAGCCAGCGCACUAUAGCGGAUGCUCUAACCUCCCUGGGUACUAAACUAGAAACUUUCCAAAGCAACGCACACAGUUUCGAUCUUAAAGCCGAAGCUCUGCAAGCUGAGUGGGAUGCGUCCGAUAGUCUUCCUUUCUGGAAACGUUUUGCCCUCCACUUCAAGAUCAAGGGAUUGAAUUACCAAAUCAGAUACUUUGAGAGGACAUUUUUACAUGAGAAAGGUCUGAAAGGAAGACCUUGGUUCAAGCAUAUUGUUUAUGCUGCUGGUAGAGACACUGGCUAUCAGGGAUUUGCAUUUCCCGGACUGAAAGAGGCAUUGGAUGAUAAGGAUGCACACGCUUUUGCCAAGUGGACGAGAAUCAUCCGCAAGAAGAUUGACUACUUGAAUGACCACUAUAAAAACUAA